CCAAGACGAGUCCAUGUUACUUAAUAGAAAACAAAGGCACGUGUGGCAAGGUAGCCAAUCCUAUCGCAUUGGAGGAAUGGAAUUUUACUGUACAGGAAAUGAGAUGAAUUCUUAUUUGACUUACAUUUCUCUACCGAAAGCUUAAAAAAAAACACAAUUUGGCUAUAUCACGUCAUUUAGCGAUCCGAAUAUACAGUAUGCGCUCUAUUUUUCUCUCGGAAUAUGGCAUUUUAACAUGGGAUUAUUGACUAGACGGUAUUGUUAGAUAAUCAGGAAGUAUAGACAGUAACCCGAUCAAGAAUGUGAUAACCUGCUUCCGUCAACAUCUAAAAUUUGCAAAAAUGUGUUCAUUGAAAGACAACAUUCGGCGCAUACGGCCAGCUUCCGAUGGGCUGAUAUUGGAAUUGAAAUCCGCCCACCCUCCAUCGCUGGAGGGGCGCGCUGGCUGCGAGACGUGGAGCGUUGAUUUCUCUCCAGAUGGAUCCUGGUUUGCAUGGUCCAUGGGACACGGAAUUGUGUGGGUGAUUGCCUGGCCGCUUCGGCAUGAUAAGGUCAAUAGGGUUGAGAUUGCCCUAGAGAGCAACAGACAGGACAAGACCCUGAACUGUGGUCAGACAGUGUGGGGGUUGGCGUUUGGACCACGUCCAUCAAAGACACCAGCACCUGGAGAAAAAGCAGCAUCCUGUGAGAGAGAAUCAUCCAGACUGCUUCUGGCAACUGGCUUAGACAAUGGAGUGAUCAAGAUAUGGGAUGUUGUAACUGGUCAGCCUCGGUUUGACCUCAAAGGACAUGAGGGUAUUGCAAGGGACCUGGUCUUCACUCCCAACGAAAAGCUCACCCUCAUAUCAUCCUCUCGAGACAAAACCUUAAGGAUAUGGGAUCUAACCCAGAAAGGUGAAAAGGAGCCACAUGUCCUCUCUGGUCACAAGGACUGGGUCAGCUGCUGUAGUGUCUCACCAGACUGCAGCAUGAUCGCAUCGGUCGGCAGGUUUGACAGAAUGGUGUGUCUAUGGAGCCUGCGGUCGUACACCUUCAUCAGGAACUUAACGGGGAUCAACCACAAGACAUUCUACCUAUUAGCUUCCUGUGACUUCUCUCCCGAUGGGGCACUGCUCGCCACCGCAGCCUUCAGUGGUUCCAGUUGGUGGAUCGAUCUGUGGGACCCCUACACUGCACAGAAAUUGUCUACUCUAAUGGAUUGCUCUGAGAUGUAUGGACAGAACCAAAUCUCAUCAUUGAGAUUCUCCCCCGGGGGUUUGCAACUGGCCAUUGUUACUGAAGACAGAGCCCUCCAGAUGUGGGAGCCAGGACAGAGGGGUAUGGUGAUGCAGACCAAGGAGGACCGUACCUCCAAUGGGCUGUGCUGCAACUUCCAUCCACAAGGGGGAGUCGUAGCCACAGGGACCAGAGAUGGCCACGUGAGGUUUUGGAUGGUACCCAGGUCAGUGCCCAGUCUGUGCCACCUGUGCCGCUCCGUCCUGCGCCACUCAGUCUCCACACACCAGGUGGAGGCCCUCCCCAUACCACGCAGGAUCCUGGAGUUCCUCACCUACAGAGACAUCCCGGACCACUCAGAAGCACGAUCUGACCGCUCCUCGGAUGAGGAGGAAUAGUGACUUUGGGAAUGGGUGGAGGAAUGUUUCUGGACUCCAUUUGUAAUGCAUUUGAGUUGAUGGAUGUAUUGACUAACUAAUGAUGGAACAGUCAAAGGAGGAGAGCUUAUUAUUUGCCUCGUUUACAAAUGCAUAAAAAGUUGGUGGGAAUGUUGUCUGACUGAAAUGAUGGGACUUUUUAGGACCUUGAGUGGAGUGGAUACUUUGGUUUACACAAAAUCAGUCAUGUCUCAUCAGCUAUUUGUCCAAGGAAAUCUCUCAGGAUGUCAAAAUGGAAAUUCACCUGGAUGCAAUUAGCUAGUGAUUAUAAACAAACAUACAGAUGAACUUUAAAAAAACUCUUUACUGGCUAAUUUACAUAAAUGGAAAAUGGAAGUUACUAGAUCUAUAUUUUGUGUUAGAGAUAUAUUAUAGUAUGUAAAGUGACAUUUGUGUAAUUUUGCUGAGAGUAAAUAUACAUUUUGUAUUGUGUAAAUUGGUCUAUUAAAUCAUAAUUCCAUGACAGUCUAAAAAAAUA